AGCACGCAUACAGGGAGGAGGAGCAGAUGGGCAAGAGCGGACAAAGGGCAAAGAGAGGUGGCAUGCACCUCUUCCCACCUCCUGCCUGUUCUGGCAGCCAGUGUCCGGCCUGUUCUGCAGCGCGCGUGUGUCCCCUGGGCACAGGUCCCUUGCAGGGCGCGGGGCGCUGGGAGCAGGGCGCGCAGAGCGGGACUGGGCUCAGUGCUGUAUGGGAGCGAGCAUGGCGGGACCGCGGGCGCUGCUGCUUCUGGGCUUCCUUGUGCCCGGGCUCCUGCUCUCACAAGCAGCCAAAAUCUUGACUCUCUCUUUUGUGGGUGGAAGCCAUUAUCUGCUGAUGAACCAGGUGUCUGAGAUCCUUCAAGCUCAUGGCCAUAAUGUCACCAUGCUUCUCCAGAGAGGAAACUCCCUGAUACCGGAUUUUAAAGAGACAGAAAAAUCAUACCAAGUUAUCUCUUGGCUUCCACCUGAAGAUUUUAACAAAGGACUUAAGGAGAUAAUUGAAUUUUUUAUGGAUGAAGCUUUGGGUGGCAGAUUUCUAUUUGAACACUUAUUAAAACUUAUGGAACAAUUGGGGCUUCAGUGCAGUCAUUUCCUAAGGAGAACGGAUAUCAUGGAUGUCUUAAAGAAUGAGAACUUCGACCUGGUGAUAGUUGAAAACUUUGAGUACUGUCCUUACUUGGUUGCUGAGAAACUUGGAAAGCCAUUUGUGUCCAUUCUCCCCUCUUCUUUUGGCUUUGAGAAGUUUGGAUUACCGAGCCCCCUGUCUUAUGUGCCAGUAUUCUUCUCCAUGCUAACCGAUCACAUGGGCUUCUGGGGUCGAGUAAAGAAUUUUCUGAUGUUCUUAGAUUUCUCCAAGAAAAAAUGGCAAAUGUACUCUACUUUUGACAACACCAUCAAGGAGCAUUUUCCUGAAGGCUCUAGGCCAGUUUUGCCUCAUCUUCUAAAGAAAGCAGAGCUGUGGUUUGUUAACUCUGACUUUGCCUUUGAAUUUGCUCGGCCCCUGCUUCCCAACACUGUGUAUGUAGGAGGCUUAAUGUCCAAACCUGUUAAACCAGUACCACCAGAAUUUGAGGAUUUCAUUGCCAAGUUUGGUGACUCUGGCUUUGUCCUGGUGGCCCUGGGCUCCAUGGUGAGCGUCUUUCAGUCCCAAGAAGUCCUCAAGGAGAUGAACGAUGCCUUUGCCCAACUCUCUCAAGGGGUGAUAUGGAAGUGUAACCCAUCUUUUUGGCCCAAAGACAUCCUAUUGGCAGCAAAUGUGAAGAUUGUUGACUGGCUUCCCCAGAAUGACAUCCUUGCUCACCCUCGCAUACGUCUUUUUGUCACCCAUGGAGGAAUAAAUAGCAUAAUGGAGGCCAUCCAACAUGGCGUGCCCAUGGUGGGGAUUUCCCUGUUUGGAGACCAGCCUGAAAACCUGCUCCGAGUAGAAACUAAAAAUUUAGGUGUCUCCAUCCAGUUAAAGCAGUUGAAGUCUGAGACAUUGGCUCUGAAGAUGAAGCAUGUCAUAGAGGACAAGAGGUACAAAUCAGCAGCGGUGGCCGCCAGCAUCAUCAGGCGCUCCCACCCCCUGACCCCAGCCCAGCGGCUGGUGGGCUGGAUCGACCACAUCCUCCAGACAGGGGGUGCAGCACACCUCAAGCCCUACGCCUUGCAGCAGCCGUGGCAUGAGCAGUACCUGCUAGACGUCUUCUUGUUCCUGCUGUUGGUCACCCUGGUCGCCGUGUGGCUCUGUGGGAAGCUGCUGGGCAUGGUGGCCAGGUGGCUGUGUGGGGCCAGGAAGCUGAAGGAGGCCUGAGGCCAUAUGCGGCUCACCAUGUCUCAUGAACCUCCCUCCUGUUCUGGCCACCCUUGUUCUCCACAUCAUAGCCAGUUGCUCAUUUUGCUACAAGUCCCUGCCUGCUGGCUUUGAAAUUCUUUAUUCAGCACUUGUGGGGUUUUUUAUUUGCCAGUUAACAAGGGCUAUUGUGUGACUAUGCCCUUGAGUCAUUUGGACCAGUGUCCCUGAGAGCUUAAGCCUGGAAGCCUGCCUUCCCUGGCGUGACCCUCUUGGAGGCCCUGAGCCUGAACAUCCCAGCCUCCAUGGCCAGGAUCUUCUCAGCCUCUUUCCAUCAUCCUGCCUCCACCCCUUGUCAUGGAGUGACUCCUAAGACAGGUGCUUUGCUAAUACUUCUCUGUUCUGUUUGCUUCUCUGACAACUCUCCUCAAAGCUCGGGAAGCUACACGUAUCCCUUUGACGAGGAAAGUAAGUUUUCACACUGUUAUCUUCCCCCUCUCUCUGGCAAAGAGACUUCUGUCCCCAUGCCUGGAAUUCUGCCAUAUUGCCACUAACAGCUGUAAGGGAAACUGGGAAGGUCUCUGCAUUGCAGCUGGUAAGGACUCAGAGAGCUGGGAGUGGGAGUUGGGUUAUCUGACCUGUAGUGUGUGACACAUGGUAAAGGGCCGUGAAGCCCUCCACAAUGCUUGACCCAUCAAAGCAGAAUUUCUUGUUAUUUCCUGUGAUUUUGUCCUGGUCUAUGUAACAAAUCAGCAAGCAGUCUUUUACAUACUAAAAAAUAAAACUUUAGUUUCUUUGUUUGAGUCUCUGACUGGGCCUGAGGCAGCCCCUGGUACAGACUUGGCCUCAAUGAGUUUCCUACUGUGAAGGGGACAUACCGGCAGGGAGAGAGAGGUGAUGAUGUCUGUCACAGAGCCCCAGCCCUCAAUUCCUGUGCAGGUGAGAAUGGGGAGCGGGAUUGUGGCUGUUGAUGCCAAGACAGUACAGGGAGGCCUCUGUGCUGUCCCUCACGGGACUACUGCCUAGACCAGGGGGCACUGAGCCUUUGGUGCUAUAAGAAGGUUAAAGUGCCCCUAUUUCCAAGUCUGUAGAAAAUGUGAUUUACACAUGGAUUCUCCUUUCAAUCAGCAUGGCUCUGAGAUCUUCUGUGCCAAAGACUUUGGGGUAAUAACUAGAGGUUAUCCACAUCAAAAUGUCCCCACAUGGCCCCACAUGGAGAAUGAAGACUUUAGAAUGUCUACUAGGCCCUCCACAAACCACAAUGUAACUCCAUGGCAUUCACAUGGUAAGAUCAAUAAGAAGAACAAAUAAAACUAACACUUUCCCAUAUGUGGAAAACUCAACAUCAAAUUCAGCAGUGUUUUUCCUGAGCUCCUAUUACAAAGCUUUGUGGAGAGCUAGUGAGUUCAGAAAAAUAGUGCAGACGAGAGGAAAAGGGGACAGAAGGCCCUUGGAUGGGCCAGAACUGUACCCAGAAAGAGAAAAUCUGCAUCCCAUAUGGAAAUCCCGAGCAAGAGUCCUGGCAGAGAAAAGCUUUGACAAAGGGAAAGGGACACAAAAGCAUGAGGGAACCACAGCAUCCACCUUGGAAAAGGCUCCAUGUCUGAGCGAGAGGAGGGUAGAUGGGAAGGGGGAGCAGUCUGGAUAUUGGGUGAUGAAGAACAGAAAGGCAGCCAGAGAAAGUGUGGGGUCUGGCAGGACAACAGGAAUCCAGAAGGCUGGAAAAUACAAAUCCCUCUGCCCAUCCCCAGACAUAAAAGCUAUACAUUAAGGAGUCUGCAGUUGUAGAUCAUUCGCUAUAGGACUCUGCGUGUCCUUAGAUGUCUGUAUCUGUCUCUCACUGGAUAUCUGCAUCAAUGGGCGAUGCAUGGGAGCAUGAAUGAAAUAGUGACUCUUUCCACAAUGAAAAAAUUUUAAUUAAAAAUGUAUGUAGAAUAUC